AUAAUCACCGCUUCUCUCUCAUCAGCAGGCAUCCAGACAAAACAAGUAUCCGCCCCAAACAUUGAACGGACCACAAUCGUCCAGUGAUCUUCUCCGCCAUGCCUCGAAAUGUGGAAAUCAAAGCCAGAGUGUCCAACUUGGAUGCCGUGAGGCUCAGGGCCGCUCAACUAAGCAAUUUCCCCGAGAAACUCAUUCGUCAACGUGACACUUUCUUUCAAUGUGACUCCGGGCGCUUGAAACUAAGAUUCCUUGAGGGGGAAGAGUCGCAAUUGAUCUUCUACCAACGUGAUGAUCAAGAGGGUCCAAAACUGUCCAAUUACCAUUGGGCAGAUAUCGGCAAACCCGAGGUACUGGAAAAUGUGCUCGGACUAGCCUAUGGAGUGAAAGGCACGGUGAUCAAGACACGCUACCUGUACUUGGUAGGGCAGACCCGGGUACAUUGUGACCAAGUGGAAGGUUUGGGAGACUUUGCCGAAUUGGAAGUUGUACUCAGGGAUGAUCAAACCCCCGAAGAAGGUGAAGUGAUUGCUCAUGAGCUAAUGGCUGAAUUGGGCAUUUUCAAAGAAGAUGUACAAUCUUGCGCUUACAUGGAUUUAAUUUUAAAGAAAAAUAACAGUUCUUGAAUGGA